AUGGUAACUGGCUCAUGCAAGCAACUUCACAUUCAUGUAAACAGAAUUGAUAUUUCUGUGGUGCCUAAGACAAGUGAAGAUUUGAAAAAUUGGUUAUUUACAGUGUAUCAUGAGAAGGAUAAAUUAUUGAAAAGUUUUUAUGAAAAUCCAUGUGAAGCAUUUCCAACAAGUAUUAAAAUUCCUGUGAAAUUAACUAAUACCUUUGGAUCAUUUAUUCUUAUGGUCCUGAUUUCUUUUCCACUUGUUACCACAAUUUAUGGACGGAGUUUAUAUUGGAAAGUUUGGUUGCUAGGUUCAGUAGCAGGUUAUUUUUGGCUAGGAUUAAAGUCAGUAGCAUGAUAUAUUUUUAAUGAUUAAAUAUUGUAAAUAAUCAAAAAUUUUAAAGUAUAUAAGUUGCUCUAAGUAAAUCAGCAGGUGCCUUAAUUGGUAAAAAUAAUGUGUAGCAAGUAAAGAAUUGCAUUAUGUGAUACAUACUUAUCAAUGAAAGUUUUGUAAAUAAAUUACAAACUACAGUUAUGAAUUAAGAAUUAAAAGAAUUUUUUAUUCUCUCCUAAAUAUAACAACGAAUCUAAAGUUGUAUUGAUUUUCUCAUUUUAAUUAUAAAAUUAGAUUUAUAGAAAUUAUUUAAUAAUAAUAAUCAUUCAUUAAUGCAAUAAUUACAAUAUUAGAAAUAAAUAUAAU